AUGUCUUCGUGGAAAAAAGCUACGAAAACAAAUCAAAAAACUCAUCGAGAACGUCAUCAACCAGAAGCUCGAAAGAGUUUAGGAUUGUUGGAAAAGAAAAAAGAUUACAAACUUCGUGCCCAAGAUAGGGCAGAAAAACAAGAAACUUUAAAAUUAUUGAGAAAGCGAGCACUCAAUAAGAAUCCAGAUGAAUUUUAUCAUCACAUGAUUAAUUCAAAAAUCCAGGAUGGUGAACAUCAUGAGUUGGACAAAGAUGAAGAUUUGACACCUGAACAGAUUAAAUUGAUGGAGACUCAAGACAAGAAAUAUAUUUCCAUGAAGCGUACUAUCGAGUCGAAUAAAAUAAAGAGACUGCAGUCUCAUUUGCAUAUGACAGAUGUUGCUGAAAAAACGAAGAAUAAACACAUUUUCUUCCUUGAAAAUGGAAAAGAACUUAAAAAUUUCGAUUUGGCUGAACGACUUCAAACUCAUCCAGCGCUGGUUGGUCGAAAAACAAAUCGAAUCAAAUUAAAAAGCUUAGAUAAAAUCAAGAUUGAUAUCGAUGAGGAGCAAAUAAAGAAGUUAAAUCAAGAACGAGAAAAAUCCUACAAGGAACUUGAAAAACGAAUCGAACGUGAACGUGAGCUAGCGAAAGUGCAGCGAAAAAUGGAAAUUAAGAAUCUUUCAAGGGCAGAACGACGAACUCUCAAAUCAAAAGAUCUCCUGAGAGUCACCAAAUCAUCAAAUCCAAUUUUUAAAUUCAAAUAUGAACGAAAAAAGUGA